AUGCAACAUCCACCGAUUGAAGUGUUGGAUCGGCUGCCUAAGGAGCUGGUGUCAUGGCAACAGAAGGUAAGGCAGGAGGAGGAUGGAAAAGAGGAGGGCGAGGAGGGAUUGGGCGAGGAGGAGGGCGAGGAGGGCAAGGAGGAGGGCGAGGAGGGCAAGGAGGAGGGCGAGGAGGGAUUGGGCGAGCAGGAGGGCCAGGAGGAGGGCGAGGAGGAGGGAAAAGAGGAGGGCGAGGAGGAGAGUGAAGAAGAGUGCGAGGAGGAGGAGGGCUGCGAGGAGGGAGACGAGGAGGGCGACAAGGAGAGCGGCAACCAAGUGAAGAAGAUGUGGAGAGAGGGGAUGGUAGUGCAAGCAUCAUUUCGCACGUAUGGUAGAGGCAGGAAAAGGAGGGCGGUGGAGACUCGCAUGAGUGAGGCACAGGUGGAUGCAAGUCAGAGGGAGACUCAAUUUCAUGCGUCUCAGAUUGGGACGUGCGUGCUAUACCCCCCUGUAAGGCAGGAGGAGGAUGGAAAAGAGGAGGGCGAGGAGGGAUUGGGCGAGGAGGAGGGCGAGGAGGGCAAAGAGGAGGGCGAGGAGGGCAAGGAGGAGGGCGAGGAGGGAUUGGGCGAGCAGGAGGGCCAGGAGGAGGGCGAGAAGGAGGGAAAAGAGGAGGGGCGAGGAGGAGAGUGA